GCGAUUCACGCGGUAAUUUGAUCGUGUCAGCUGUAGCAACGCGGUCGUGAUCUUCAACAUAGAGUUCCGCCUUUUCACAGCGAAAACUACUCCACAAAUUUAGUGGUUCAAGAUGAAGUCUAGUCCAGACUCACCGAUUAUUUCAAUCAGUCCGAGACAUUAUAUUCAUGUGCUGAACUUGAAUACUCAUGUGACCUCACUUGUUGUUGGACCUAAAACAUAUGUUUGCCAACAGGAUGAAAAGAUUGUUCUCGGACCUGAGGAACUAACUGUCGUCCCGACGAUGAUGUACUGCGUGAUUCGAAACCCUGUUAUAACAGACAAAGAUGGUGUUCCAGUAGUCGAUAAAUAUGGACAGGUUAAAGUUCGAAUGGGUGACGAGGAGUACCGUUUCGCCCAAGACCCUUUCCCAUUGUAUCCAGGUGAAGCUAUAAAGGAUAUCGUUAGGCCUCUACCUGUUGUUCUGCCAAACUCGGCGCUCAGAUUACGAGCCGUUUCGGAUUUCGAAGAUGGAAACGUCAAGCGAAUAGCUGGAGAGGAAUGGUUGUUUGAGGGACCUGGUACCUAUUACCCUAGAAAAGAGGUUGAAAUCAUAAAAUGCGAGCAAGCCAAAGUAAUUCUUGUCAACUCUGCUCUUGUAAUGGAGGCUACGAAAGAUUGCGUCGAUCGAGGUGGUGUUUCUCGUGUUUACGGUGAACGAUGGUUAGUGACGACACCAGGUGCAUACCUCCCUGGUGUCUAUGAGCAAAUCGUCGACGAACGCAAAGCGAUUACACUAACAGACAGACGAGCGAUAUGUGUCAAAGCUGUUAAGUCUCAUUGUGACAAGUUCGGGAAAUAUCGCAAAACUGGUGAAGAGUGGUUAAUUACACAUGAAGAUGCGGAGUAUCACAUUUGCAGCGCACUUGAGGAGUUUGUGAAAGAGGUUGAUGUUACAAUCCUACGUGUCCAUCAGUUUUGUGUAGUAGUCAACCCUUGGGAUGAGAACGGUGUUCCUCAGUUAGGGAGAAAAUUAUUAGUACGUGGUGAGAAGUCGUUCUUUCUGAGACCAGGAGAGUAUUUAGAAACGGGAGUUCAAGAUGCUUAUAUUUUGCAGAACAACGAAGGCCUUAUUCUUCGAGCUAAAGAACAGUUUGUUGACGAUAUAUGUGGGGACGCUGUAUCUGAGGGGGACUCUGUAAAGCAGAAAUGUAUACGUCGUCCUGGUGAUCGGUGGAUGUUGCGUGGACCCAUCGAAUACAUACCUCCUGUUGAAGUGGAUGUGAUAGACCGUCGUAAUGUAAUUCCUCUCGAUUGUAAUGAAGGGAUCUAUGUUCGUAAUAUGCAAACAGGACAAGUUCGUGCUGUUAUUGGUGAAGCUUAUAUGUUAAAUCAAGAUGAAGAAUUAUGGGAGAAGAAACUCCCACCUGAGGUUGUUCAGUUGUUGGAAAGCAAUAUUGACCCAUUUGCUGACCGCGGAGUUCGAUCUUCUCCAGAUUCAGUUAACCGUCUUGACCCAACUCGUGUAGUUACUUUCCGUGUUCCACACAAUGCUGCAGUUCAAAUUUAUGACUAUAAAAAUAAAAGGGCAAGAGUCGAGUUUGGACCGAAUUUAGCCAUGUUAGGACCAGAUGAACAAUUUACUCGUUUGAGCCUGAGUGGUGGGAAACCGAAGAAACCGAAUGUGAUUAAAAGUCUGUGUUUACUGUUAGGUCCAGACUUUUGUACCGAUGUUGUAAUUGUUGAAACUGCGGACCAUGCUCGCUUAUCUUUGCAACUAUCGUACAAUUGGGUGUUCGAUGUCUCUCCAUCAUGCAGUGCAGCUGAUGCUGCUAAGUUAUUUUCAGUGCCUGAUUUUGUUGGAGAUGCUUGUAAAGCUAUUGCAUCUCGUGUUCGUGGCACUGUUGCAUCUGUUCAAUUUGAUGAUUUUCAUAAGGUAAGGUUUAUCAUUUUGCAGUCUAGUGGUUCUAUUGGAUCAGUACACUGAUUAUAUUGCAAAUUUAUUCAGGUGGAUGAGGCCUUAGUUAAUCGUCAAUCGUUUAGGUGCCUUCUCACGAAUUUCUCGUAGCAACUGUAUACGUUUUGUUAGAGACAUUGUUAGUUACUGCGAUGUCUAGAUGAAGGAUUGAUUUGUGGUGUUAAGUUGUAUUGUGAUUGUGACUCUUACUGAUAAGAGAGUGAUAUGACCAAACUUCAUGCAACAACAUAUAUGCUUUACACCCUUUGUUAGCAUGUUGUCAUGGACGGGAGCUAUUAAGAAAUGUUUAGUAAACAUAUCUUAGAAACUUGAUUGAGUUUUUCUGAGGUGGGAAGAUGGACAGCAACAACCUAUAAUGUAGUGCGAAUGAAUAUCUAUUCAAUUACUACCGAAUACAUACACACAAUGAGAAUAAAUAAAGGAGUGACAAGUAGUUGGAGGAAAGAUAGUAAUACCAAGUGUAGUAGGAAACUGAAAGACAAGUUGGUUGAGUGAAAAUCUAGAAUAGUUUGUUGUUCAGAAUCUAUGGAAAGUUAAAUUAUGAUAGAAUGUGUGAUACUGAUACCGAUAUAGAGCGAUGUCGUUUAAAUUUUUCACUGAUCAAUAGCAUUUGUUCAGUGCAUUUGUGCAGACUAGUAAGGACAAGUCUCUGAGACAGUAAAAAUUACUUGAAAUUCAACCUCUUAUUCGAAAUAAACAUACUUAAUGCUGUUGUAUCAUUUAAUAAGAAACUUAAAGUUGACCAUCAGUAUUACAUAGGUCAGUUAUUUAUGUAGUUGAGUUAAAGCUUCUAUUUGUUAAUGACUACUGUUUUGUAUCUCCAUCCUAGAAAGUGUGCCGAGUUGUAACAAAAUGUGUCACAUGAACUGUGUAGAAUUUUAUGGAGAGAGGAGUCAUUGUGAUUCCCAGAAAGUUUGUUAAAUGAUGUGUCAUUCUUUUCACUUUCAAUAUUCACAUUGUGUACCACCAUACUUGUUUCUCAAAUAUAGAAUGGAGUAGUAAGAAGAUUCCUUAAUCAAAAUGAUCUGGUUUGUUUACAGUAAGAUAAGUUUUGGUGAUGAAGAAUAAGAAUUGAAUCAGUAAGUCACCCAGAUACAACGUAGGACCAAGCACAAAUAUGCAUCGGUCAAGUAAUUGUAUUUGAAGAGAGACGUAGUUCUGGAGAAUCGUUCAAACUAGUUAUUCGUCAACACGAUGUUAUUCUGACUUUAAUGGGUGUAUAUUGACGGUAGAUAGGUCAGAGCUACAUUGAUGGUUGUCAGCUGAGGACAUCUUAAAGAUUAGGAUUUUCUAUGAGAAUAGAAAAUGGUUCAGUCAGUGUUUUGUUUAAGGAAAUUAGUGGUAAGCCUCAAAAGCUGCUCAGAAUUCAUGCGUUAAUGCUAAAACACCACCAGUGUUUGAGUACGAAAUUAGUGUAAUUAUACGGGUUUUGUUUCGGUGGGGAGCCUUAUACCUCUACUGCCAGUUAGAUUUUUUGAAGAAAGGUAUGGUAGUUUUGUGAACUAGAUUUUGGUAUUGUAUGUGUUGAAUACUGAUUUCGAGCCUCAAGAGAAACUUCAAUACUAGCCGGGACUUGGUUAGAUCUGAAUGAUGAGUCCUCAUGUAGGCGGAAACACUGUCAUGAACUAUACUCGUUUCCCCUAUAUUUUUAUUUAGCACUCAGCACGAAUUAUUCGUGCCUCCGUAUUCGGAUUGGAUGAAUCAGGAAAGGUUCGGGAUCGGAUAGUUUUUCCUCAAAAUAAUCUUCAUAUUACAAGCGUGGAUGUACAGUCUGUGGAACCAGUGGAUCAACGAACUCGGGAUUCGUUACAGAAGUCAGUCCAACUUGCCAUUGAGAUAACGACCAAUUCGCAAGAGGCAGCUGCACGUCACGAAGCUGAAAGACUCGAACAGGAAGCCAGAGGUCGGUUAGAGCGUCAAAGAAUUGAGGAUGAAGCGGCUGCUGAACAAGCCAGGCGUAAUUUGCUUGAAAUCCGAGUGCAAUUGGCUGCACUAGAAAGUAGUAGUCAAGCGAAGGCCGAAGCAGAGAGUCGAGCUGAGGCGAAUCGUAUUUCCAGUCAAGCUGCAGUGGAAGAAGCUAAACUUCGAGCAGAAGCCUUAUCUAUUGAAACGAAUGCAGAAUUAGAAAGACUCAAAUUGGCUCGAGCUGCAGAGAUCGCCUAUAUCAAGGAAAAGAAUGAAUUAGCUCUAAAGUAUAAGGAAGACGAAACAGAAAUCGAGAAGUCGCGUUUCAUUUCAAUGGUGAAUGCAUUAGGUGCAGAUACACUACGUGCAAUGGCAACAGCCGAAUCAGACCAUAAUCUGAGCAUGUUGAACGCUUUGGGCCUACAAAGUACAUUAAUUACAGAUGGGACGACACCAGUGAAUUUGUUAACUACUGCUCAUGGUUUAAUCGGUUCAGUGUCUAAAGGUUCUUCUCGUAAACGUACUUCAGAGGUUUUAGACGAUGUAGAUGGAAAAUGAAGCUCAAUCGAUAUUUACUGUUUACAUUCAUGAGUUUUGCUUUAAUCUAUUUCUUUAUACUUGCUUGAUUUUUUAAUGUAUUGUUUCAACAUACUUUUCUCAUAGUUGGCUGUGACGAUUUCUUCAAAUGAAUACUUAAUAAAAUAUGUGAUACUUGUGC